CCAUUGUAUGUAAGCAUACGCCGAGGGCACAAGGCCAUUACCAAACUCCUGCUCGACGCUGGAGCCGACAAGACAGUCACGUCUCCGAUGGGUUACACGUCGGCGCUCAAUGAGGCCGCGAGAUGGGGCGAUCCAGAAACCAUACAACUCCUGCUUGAUGCUGGGGAAACCAUCCCUUCAGCAGAAGGCUGCUACCAUAAUCCUUUGCAGAUGGCCGGCGAGUACGCAAACUUUCGGGCCAUAGAAGCCCUCCUCAAGGCAGGAGCCUCUCCUGAGACGCGCUGGACAGACUGGACGAAUCCAAACGAGACCUCGCUGAUCUUCGCCACCAAUAGAGGGUAUAUCGAAUGUGUCAGGGCUCUCGUCGAGCAUGGUGCAAAUGGGGAGAGCAAGACAGACAACCAUCCCAAAACAGCUCUUGCAUCAGCGGCGGCAUACAGCACCAGGGAAGUCUUUGAUUACCUCCGGACCCGGGGUGCAGAUGUGAAUCACGGCGGCGAGAGAUCACGACCGCCACUCCUUGCAAGCGUCUGGCGAGGCGAUGUGGACAUAGACCUGGUCAAAAGCUUGAUUCAGGACGGUGCAGAUGUGAAUGCACGGGCAGAAAACCCCCGCGGCUGGAGGCCGAUCCAUGCGGCGUACGAUAAUGUCACAGCCUUGAAUGCGCUCCUCGACGCGGGGGCCGAUAUCAACUCGCGUUCCGACUCUGCCAGCACUGUUCUUCUCCUCGCGUCCAGGUGGAACUUCAGGGACGUCGUCGAGGCGCUCGUGGACUACAAGGGCAAAGAGAAGCUCGACCUGGAGUGUGAGUUCACCUCGGAAGAUGAUGAGCCGCAUCUGGAUGGCAUGACGCCGCUCUGUUUCGCCUGCAGAAACGGCCGCGUCGACAUCAUGCGGUUGCUGCUGGAAGCGGGCGCGAAUGCGACACAUCGAACGCGGUCCGGGAGCUUCCCACUCUUGCUUUGCUUCGGGCUUGAUGUCGACGGGAAGACGCGCGAGAUGGCCGAGGACGCUGUUAGGAGCAUAUUGGAGUAUCUGUCACCCUCCGAGUUGAAUCAGCGCGAUAACGAUGGGAAUACUGUCCUCCAUCACAUCGGGCCUUGGCACACCGUCUCCGUUGUCCGGUGUCUUGUGAAUAUAGGCCUGGAUCCCUCGGCCCGGAACGACAACGACUACUCGCACCUGAUGAAAGCUGUGGACGCAGGCCACCGUGACGCGGCCAGCUACCUGAUUUCCAAGGGAGCAGAUAUCCACCUGGGCAGCCCUAGACUUGGCAGUCCGCUGAGGAUGGCCUGCAGAAAUGCUGACCUUCCGUUAGUAAGACUGCUCGUGGAGGCUGGUGCAGACGUCAACGAAUUGGACCAACGCAGCGGCGAAUCCAUCUUGCAGGCGUGUAUGGUUGACCGGCAUGGUUCUCAAGCUGUGAUUAAAUACCUAGUGGAGGAGCAAAAGACCGACGUGAACUUGGGUGGCGGCCGCUACAAGCACCCUAUGAUUAAUAACGCCCGCUCUGGCUAUAUAGACUGCGAGCUUAUCGCCGAAUUGCUCGUCAGGAACGGAGCCAAGGUGAACGCCCGAGACGAAGCUGGACGCAUGCCUAUUCAUUAUAGUGUGCUAAGAGGAACAUGGUUUAUGCAAACGCUCCUCGACCUUGGAUCGGACGUCGAGGCAACGGAUAAACUAGGUCGCGGCAUAUUGCACUAUGUGGCCUCCGUAGGAUCCUUCAGCCACCUGACAAUGCUCAAGGACGCCGGAGAGAGCAGGGUUCAUUGGGACGUACCCGACUGCGAUGGGUGGACGCCACUACUU